UGUUGUGCCACCACGUGAGCGCGCACUUCACGGUUGUGCGCGCGUCCCGGAGUGGCUCGCUCCUAACCAGACGCACAGAGGCUCCUCACACAUCACACAGCAUCACUACAGCAGCGCUGGGAUCAACUUACUGCUGCUUUUCUCCGCUUUUCCCAGAACAGCUUCCUCCACGAGGGAUUUUUUUGGUUUUGUUUGGACAGGAACCAAAAACUGCAGGUCAACAAACGAGGGAAGAAUUCAACAAAAACACCGACAAGAUAGACGGGAUUUGUACUUGGAGGAUGUGCGGUAUGGAUGUGGACCUGGAUGACGGGGGCUCAGGCGAUGAGGAGAAAGAGGAAGAGUUCUGGAUGGGAGAGGGAGUGAAGAUGCUGCCCCCUCCUGUGGCCCACAGUGGGGGCAGUGCAUGGGGUAGCAGGCGGGGCAGAUGCGGCUGUGUGGCGUGCGGGGCGGGUCUCGUCCUCUGGAACCUGUGUGUGGUGUCAGCCAGUGCUCUGCUCCUGGCAGUGGUCUUUUCUGUUGUGCUGCUGCCGGCGAUACUGCUGCUGUAUGUUGGGUUCCUCUGUCACUCCAGGGUUCUUGAUGCCAACUCUGCCAUCUGCAGUUACCUUGACGACAACAGUUGCUCCGCCCUCAUCAUCUUGGGCUUUGUGAUGAUGUCGCCGCUCGUGGUUGUGGCGGCCGCUGUCUUCUGCGGGCUGCUACGAAGGUUUCGCCUCCUACUUCUCAUUCAGCCGAUCUCCCGUGCCUGGUACCGAGGGAAGCUGCUGGACUGGGCGGGUGACAUCCAUGCCUGGGUCUGAUCUUAUGAAGGAGGACCUGAUGGCCAGAUGUGCCACCAGUCAGAGAGUCUGGUUAUUGUAAAAUCAAUCAUAGAGACACAAGGGUUGACAAAACAACACCUCACAAUGUAAUCAACACAAUGGAAGCUAGCUUGGUACAAGAAUCAAAGAUGGGGCACUGUUCAAUAAAUUAAAAUUGUUCAUUUUUUGCAUGA